CUCAUAUUGUGGUAUACAUAUACAGGUUAAGAAUUGUCACAUGCAAAAUAUAAAUAAAACAGAAUGUACACACAAUUUAAAGCGCCAAUAAAACUACUUUGCUGUCUGAUGAGGUUUUAAAAAAACCAGUCUUUAUCUGUUAUUACUGGAAUAUAUACACAAGUGUGUAAAUGGCUUCAAAUACCGAUGUUGAUAUGGACUCAAGCUCCAUUGAGUUUACUUUAACAGACACUUAUGAACAUUUAAAAGAAGUAAAACACGAAAAGGAGCAAGAAAUAAAAAAAUUAAUAAAUAUCGUUAAAAAUAAUCAAGUUCAAACUUUGGGGCCUAAUGUAACAUCUGAACAGAUCAGGCAAAAAAGAUUGAAAUUCGUGCAAUCAGUGCAGAAAUUCAUCACUGAGAAACAACCUAAAGAUCUGCCAAUUCCACUUACGAAUGAUUUUUACGCUAACGCUGUUCAAGAAAUUGAUGCUGAAGUUUCCGCAAUUGGGGAACUUCAUAAAAACACUGAUGAGGAAAUAAAUGAAAUAAUCAGUGAUAUCAAUUAUAUGGAGAAAAAACUAGCUGCAUUCAAAGAAAUGAAAGAAGCUUUAGCUGCCGAAGAGAAUGAAACCAACAGUAAUUACGAGGCUGAAAUGAUGAUUGCCAAAAAAAUAUUUCAAGAGGUCAAAAAAGAUUUGCAAGUCACUGUUGAUUUACUGUUUCCUGAAAACUUAGGCUUUCAAGAGAUUUUAUGUAUUCUCACAAGAGCUUUGAAUAAAGGUGGAGACGACUUGUAUAUCUCAGUAGAAACAAAAUAUUUGGAUUUCAUUAAUUUUUUGGAAUAUGCAGAUAUUGUUCAGUUCCACCCAAAUGAUAAUCGCAAAGUUAAGCUUAGAGAAUUUUAA